AUGCAUCUGGCGUGGCCACUGGACACGUAUUUGUUCCCGUCGCCUUCGGACGACGAUGCGCACCGAUACAAGUCGAUCGGUGAUGCGUCCUUGCGCUGCGUUCUGGACGCAGCGCUCUCGGUCGAGCGCCGGUCGGCCGGAUGGCGCCGCGUCGGCAGCUUCAACGACGUGAGUCUCUACGAAGGCGAGAGCGCGGUGCAAGGUAUGAUACCGUUUCGCAUCGUGGCGAAAGCGUCGGCGACGCUCGAGGAAAUCGCGCAAAUCCACGAUUUCUCGACCCACGCCAAGUGCCAAGUGUACAAGAGUCUCUACGCCGACGACAUUUUGGCCAUGACGACGCUGCACAGCUUUUACCCGCGGACGCCCCACCGGCCGUUCAAGCAGCUGUACCUCAAGUGGAAUGCGAACCGCAGCCCCGUGCCCAUGAUCAAGGACCGCGACUUCAUCUACGUCGAGGCGCAAGACGAAGUGCGGCUCACGUCGGGCCGUCGCGGGUGGGUCUACGCGCAGACAAGCGUCGACGUCCCGGGCUUUCCCAUCUUUGACGAAGCCGUGCGCGGCAACCUCUACAUGGGCAUGGGCGUCGUGUACCUCGAGACCGAGACGCCCGGCGAGCUCCAUGUGAUUUACCACCUCUGCGUCGACUUCAAGGGCCACAUCCCGCACUGGGUCUUCAAGCUCGGCAUGAAGGGCCGUGCGCGCAACAUUCAGUUUAUCAACGACCGCGUGCAUCGGCUCCGGCUCAGCAACGAGCCGCUGCAGCAACCGUCGGCGCCGACCUCGCCGACGACGUGCGCGACGUGCCACCGACACAGCCAUGCCUUUUGCAAGCACCGGUGCUGCCAAGCGUGCGGCGAGGUCGUGUGCAGUAAGUGCAGCCGGUCGUGGCGACUCUCGGGGCUCGCGGGCGACUCCCGCGUGUACAAGGCGUGUGUCUGCAAUGUGUGCUCCCAAGCCGACGAGACGUCCCCCAGCAGCGACGGCAACCUCCACUAUGGCGUCGGUGCCCACGUCGCAUCGGACGACGGGUCGAGCGCGAGCGGCUGCAGCACCGACGUGGCCAUGGACCUGUCGUAUUUAGCCGUGUAUCAGACCAAGAAAAAGAUGACGUAA